CUGAAAUUUAUAGUCUGUGUGUAAGAUCGCGGCUCUCUCUCUUCUCAUUCCGGCACAGGGAGCGUAGCUUUCCUUUCUUUUCUUUUUUCUUUCCCUCCCAAGCCCGACACCAAUCAUACUCUUUCGAUAUUUACAACUUGCUGAUAAGGAAAAAGGUGGAAGGCAAACAGCCUCUUCCCCAUUUUAACGACGCUACAGAAAAAUACCGAUUUGUAAGCCCAAGGGAAAUAAAAUCAGCUCCAGAAGACAGACCAGCGUGGCAGCGUUAUUCCAAUUUGCAUGAUGUUAAGAAAACAGGAGGAAUGAACCGACAGCUAGUGAACAUUUUGACAGCCUUGUUUGCCUUUUUCUUAGAAACACACCACUUCAGGAUGACUUUCUGUAAAGAACAUGAUUCCAGAUCUGGAAAAUCCCCUUCACAGUCAAUGUCUCCUUCAGAUUUCUUGGAUAAACUGAUGGGACGGACAUCAGGUUAUGAUGCACGAAUAAGACCAAAUUUUAAAGGUCCUCCUGUAAAUGUUACCUGCAACAUAUUUAUCAACAGCUUUGGUUCAAUAGCAGAAACUACAAUGGACUACAGAGUGAACAUUUUUUUGAGGCAGCAGUGGAACGACUCCCGUCUUGCCUACAGCGAAUAUCCUGAUGAUUCCUUGGAUUUGGAUCCAUCUAUGUUGGACUCUAUAUGGAAACCUGAUUUAUUCUUUGCCAACGAGAAGGGGGCAAAUUUCCAUGAUGUUACCACAGACAACAAACUUCUGAGGAUUUCCAAAAAUGGGAAAGUGUUAUAUAGUAUCAGGCUAACAUUAACCUUAUCCUGUCCCAUGGACCUGAAGAAUUUUCCCAUGGAUGUACAAACAUGUACAAUGCAACUAGAGAGCUUUGGCUACACUAUGAAUGACCUGAUAUUUGAGUGGAUGAGUGACGCUCCAGUGCAAGUAGCAGAAGGCUUAACUCUGCCGCAGUUUAUCCUGAAAGAAGAAAAGGAACUUGGUUAUUGCACAAAACAUUACAACACUGGAAAAUUUACAUGCAUUGAAGUAAAGUUUCAUUUGGAGCGUCAGAUGGGAUAUUAUUUAAUCCAGAUGUACAUUCCUAGCCUGCUGAUCGUCAUUUUGUCCUGGGUUUCUUUCUGGAUCAACAUGGAUGCUGCUCCAGCCAGAGUUGCCUUGGGCAUCACCACCGUCUUGACAAUGACCACUCAGAGUUCAGGCUCCAGAGCAUCUCUUCCAAAAGUCUCUUAUGUAAAGGCUAUUGACAUCUGGAUGGCUGUGUGUCUUCUCUUUGUGUUUGCUGCGCUGCUUGAAUAUGCAGCUGUGAAUUUUGUGUCAAGGCAACACAAGGAAUUUCUAAGGCUUCGGAGAAGGCAGAGGAGGCAAAACAAGGCACAGACUGUGACUGUUGGGAAUGAAAGCGUCGAGUCGGUACGGCGUGUGAAUGGCUUGCGGACAAAAGAGUCAUCAGCGUACGGGACAAUGAAUCAGACCAGCAAUCCAAGUUUGAGGGAAGAAGAUCCUGGUCGUGAUAGUCGGUUUAAUUUCGGUGGCUAUGGAAUGGGCCACUGCCUACAGGUGAAAGAUGGUGCUGCUGUCAAAGCCCCACCCCCCAACCCUCCCCCACCCCCACCCCCAAAGGAUUCGGAUUCCAUCAAAAAGAAGUUUGUUGACCGUGCCAAAAGGAUUGAUACAAUAUCCCGAGCUGCUUUCCCACUGGCCUUUCUCAUCUUCAACAUAUUUUACUGGAUUACAUACAAAAUUAUACGCCACGAAGACAUUCACAAAAAAUAAACAAUUCUUUGUGAGCUGGGACCUUCUAGCCAAAGUGACUCACUUGUAAAUAAAGAGUGAAAUGUCUUUUCUGUCUUUGGGACUGAGGGUUUGUUGU